AUGGCCGACCCGUUGAAGAGUGGGAAGCCAGGCCGGAGGCCAGGGCAGGGGAAACUAGACCUUCUGCUGGUUGGAGAUGCCACAAGGUACUUCCUGACUGGCUCUAUACAGAAAUUCUUUUCCAGCACCGCACACUUCACCCUGACCGUCAGCGAUGUGAAGAAGGUAGCCGCGCUUUUGGCCGCAAACUCAUUCGACAUCAUCUUCUUGAAGGUGACUUCCACCUUAACCGCGGAGGAGCUGGAGGCUGUCAAGUCCAUUCGAUCUGGCAAGAAGAAAAACACCCGUUUGCUGUUUGUUUUUAUAAAACCUGAAAAAUUUAAAGGCUGUAUUUCAGACUAUGGAGUGGAUAUUAGUUUCCCUGAGCCACUGACCUUGGGAAAAAUGGACAUGGUGGUAGAGUACUGGAAAGCAUAUUUCACAGGUAUGGAUGUGGAAGGCACUGAGAGGCUUCCAGAACAUAGUCUGCACCUCCAGACUUUCUGCAGUGAACUUGGGGAACACUUUUCUACUGAUCUGUUUCUUCGCUCUGGGCAGCUGAAAAAUGACAGAGAACUUGUAUUAAAGGCCCCACUGCCGGGUCCUGAGAAAAACAGAAAGACUUCUUUUGUUCAUUCGAGCAAAGAGAAGCUGAGGAGAGAGCGCAUCAAGUUUUGCUGCGAGCAGCUGCGUACUCUUCUGCCGUAUGUCAAGGGGAGGAAGAGCGAUGUGGCUUCAGUUAUUGAAGCGACCGUUGAUUAUAUGAAGUAUGUCCGGGAGAACCUCUCUCCGGCCAUCAUGGCCCAGAUUACAGAAUCCCUCCAGAGCAAUAAAAGGUUCUCGAAGAGACAAGUGCCCAUCGAGCUGUUCGUUCCACGUGCAGCCACAUCACAGAGGGACAGUGGUGUGCUGACAAGCGCUUACUCAUCUGUGAGGGAGAUCCAGCUCCUGGCUGACCAGUGCCUGACUGUGUAUUCCAGGCCUGCUGCAGAAGGGCCCUUGGAGGAAGCUGUAAGAGGCCAGUUAAGCUCUGUUCCGGAGAGCUCUGUUGAGGAUCUCUCUAAAACUCGAGUCUCCAGUGCAGCACUCUCGCUUAAUUCCUGCCAUGCGGUCACAUACUGUCCCGGGGCUGUCCUUCCCCGUGAUUCGGCUGCCAGAACAAAUCAGAACAUUUCCAUUUAUUUACCGUCCGCUGUGCCCAGUGUCUCCAACUUCCUUCCUCAGCACUGCAGUUCCGUGCUUUGCCAAACACGGGCAGCUACUCCCAGUUACCUGUGCACUCCAGGCCAGGAGCUUCCGGCCGGCUCUCUCACUCCCUCAUCCGGCAUCUUCCGUGGGCUCCAAGACUCAGGCUCAGAUCGUCAGGCUUCUCAGCAGCCGCUUGGGCCUGAUGAGUCGUUCCCCCAGCCUCAAGGAAACAAUUACUUUUAAGAGAAUAAAUAUUGGAAAACCCGUAGGUUUAGAUGCCUGAAGACCCCAGUUGGCUUUAUAAACUACUUCGUGAUACAGAGAUGCAUUGAGACAGUGUGAGUAAGAAUGAGCUAGCCUUCAGUUAAAGGGGACAUCGCCCUCCUUUGCGGCGACAAUUUGGGACACAUUGACAAUCCAUGUUUGAGGCUCAUAGUCUAGACCAUGUGCUGGGCUCCGUUGUUCAGUUCAGGAAGAAGGGACAAAGAAAGAUCUUUUGAAAGCUGCUGACUCUGCCUUCUGAUGAAUGUGCUAGAAUCUUCCAAAGAUACAUAGAAAGACAGUGAAUGGCACUGACAGCCUUGUGUCUCAGGCACCUUCAUCCAUGCUGGGACUUCCUGGCCAGAGAGCUGUAAGCAGCAGUAGCCCGAGUGACCCCACACUCACUUGUUCUACCAAAAACUAUUGUUCCCUUUGUGAAAAUCAUACCACGAAGAAGACCAUGCGGGUGUGAACAGCUAAGACCAGGAAGGUGUGUUGAUGCCCCCCAGGCCACCAAGCACAGAUCUUGCAGCCUGCUUAUUUCUGUCACUGAUUUCUAGUUGCUGUCUUGUCUAGAUUUGGCAUUUUAAAGAGCCCCCCUUUUUCAUUCAUCACCUGAACUAAAAUAUCCAGGGGCGUCGGGAGCAGUGUCUGCUUUUCCGGUUGGUGACUGAAUAAGUUAAUAUGCUUUUAGUUGCAUUUUGCAACCAUGUGAGUGGAAUGAGGAGCUAAGAGGGGCACUUUCCUUGCUGGAUCUUUAGUUACAGACCCACAGAUCUUUGUCCUUUGUCCUUUCUUCCUACGGGGUAUUAGAGCAACUGUUGGAAACGGGG